AUGCUGCAAAACGUGACUCCCCACAACAAGCUCCCUGGGGAGGGGAAUGCAGGGUUACUGGGCCUGGGCCCAGAAGCAGCAGCGCCUGGGAAAAGGAUUCGAAAGCCCUCUCUAUUGUAUGAGGGAUUCGAGAGCCCCACAAUGGCUUCAGUGCCGGCUUUGCAACUAACCCCUGCCAACCCACCGCCUCCUGAGGUGUCCAAUCCCAAAAAGCCAGGACGGGUUACCAACCAGUUGCAAUAUCUGCACAAGGUGGUGAUGAAAGCUCUAUGGAAACAUCAGUUUGCAUGGCCCUUCCGGCAACCUGUGGAUGCCGUCAAACUGGGUCUGCCGGAUUAUCACAAAAUUAUAAAGCAGCCUAUGGAUAUGGGUACUAUUAAGAGGAGACUUGAAAACAACUACUAUUGGGCUGCCUCAGAGUGUAUGCAGGAUUUCAACACCAUGUUCACCAACUGCUAUAUCUACAACAAGCCCACUGAUGAUAUUGUCCUGAUGGCACAAACGCUGGAAAAGAUCUUUCUGCAGAAAGUGGCAUCAAUGCCACAAGAAGAACAAGAACUUGUGGUUACUAUUCCUAAGAACAGCCACAAGAAAGGGGCCAAAUUGGCAGGUAGGAAGAGAAGUUUUGCCAAUAGAGACCAAAAGAUGGGAAUGAUAAUCAAACUAAACUCUUUUUCUCCCCCUCCAGCACUCCAGGGUAGUAUCACCAGUGCCCAUCAGGUGCCUGCUGUCUCUUCUGUGUCUCACACUGCCCUGUAUACGCCACCACCUGAGAUACCUACCACUGUCCUCAACAUUCCCCACCCGUCGGUCAUCUCUUCUCCCCUUCUCAAGUCCUUGCACUCCGCUGGACCCCCACUCCUUGCUGUCUCUGCAACUCCCCCUGCACAGCCCCUUGCCAAGAAAAAAGGGGUAAAGCGGAAAGCAGAUACUACCACCCCUACACCUACAGCUAUCCUGGCUCCUGGGUCCCCAGCUAGUCCUCCAGGGGGUCUGGAGCCUAAGGCAGCACGGCUCCCCCCUGUGCGUAGAGAAAGUGGCCGCCCUAUCAAGCCCCCACGCAAAGACUUGCCUGACUCUCAGCAACAACACCAGAGUUCCAAGAAAGGAAAGCUGUCGGAACAGUUAAAACAUUGCAAUGGCAUUUUGAAGGAGUUACUGUCCAAGAAGCAUGCUGCCUAUGCCUGGCCUUUCUAUAAACCAGUGGACGCUUCUGCUCUUGGCCUGCAUGACUACCACGACAUCAUUAAGCACCCCAUGGACCUCAGCACUGUCAAGCGGAAGAUGGAGAAUCGAGAUUACCGGGACGCACAGGAGUUUGCUGCUGAUGUGCGGCUUAUGUUCUCCAACUGCUAUAAGUACAAUCCUCCAGACCAUGAUGUUGUGGCCAUGGCGCGAAAGUUACAGGAUGUAUUUGAGUUCCGUUAUGCCAAAAUGCCAGAUGAACCACUGGAACCAGGGCCCUUACCAGUCUCUACUGCCUUGCCCCCUGGUUUGGCCAAGUCAUCUUCAGAGUCCUCCAGCGAUGAAAGUAGCAGUGAGAGUUCUUCUGAAGAAGAAGAGGAGGAAGAUGAGGACGAUGAAGAGGAGGAAGAAGAGAGUGAGAGCUCUGACUCCGAGGAAGAAAGGGCUCAUCGCUUGGCUGAACUACAGGAACAGCUUAGAGCAGUACAUGAACAACUCGCGGCCUUGUCCCAAGGCCCAAUAUCCAAGCCCAAGCGAAAGAGAGAGAAAAAAGAGAAGAAGAAGAAACGGAAGGCAGAGAAGCACCGGGGCCGAGCUGGGGUUGAUGAGGAUGACAAAGGGCCUCGGGCACCCCGCCCAUCACAGCCCAAGAAGUCCAAGAAAGCAGGUGGCAGUGGGAGUGGCGGCACUGCUACACUAGGUCCUCCUGGCUUUGGACCUUCUGGAGGAGGUGGCCCCAAACUCCCCAAAAAGGCCGCAAAGACAGCCCCACCUGCCCUGCCUGCUGGCUACGACUCGGAGGAGGAGGAAGAAAGCAGGCCCAUGAGUUAUGAUGAGAAGCGGCAGUUGAGCCUGGACAUCAACAAGCUGCCCGGGGAGAAACUGGGUCGUGUCGUGCACAUAAUCCAAGCCAGGGAGCCCUCUUUACGUGACUCAAACCCAGAAGAAAUUGAGAUUGAUUUUGAAACACUCAAGCCGUCCACGCUUAGAGAGCUUGAACGUUACGUCCUUUCCUGCCUGCGAAAGAAACCUCGGAAGCCGUAUACUAUUAAAAAACCUGUGGGAAAAACAAAGGAGGAACUGGCUUUGGAGAAGAAGCGGGAACUAGAAAAGCGGUUACAAGAUGUUAGUGGGCAGCUCAAUUCUACCAAAAAGCCCCCCAAGAAAGCGAGUGAGAAAACAGAGACAUCCUCAGCACAGCAGGUAGCAGUAUCCCGCCUCAGCGCUUCCAGCUCCAGCUCGGAUUCCAGCUCCUCCUCUUCAUCUUCCUCCUCUUCAGACACCAGUGAUUCAGACUCAGGCUAA